AUGAUGGCUACCGUUUCCCGGACUGCAACUGCCUUGACGACGCCGCCAGCCACAUCCCACGGCAACAGCAACAAGUAUACUUCGUGGGACAGCGUGUCGGUGCCCGUCCAUUCGGAGAAGCCCGUCAAUCCCAAGAGGUCUUCCAUCAACAAUGAGAACGGCUACCCCUUUGGCCGCCCUGUCCUAGCUUCUCAAAAGAGGAAUUCGACUCUGCUCGCCACCAACAACACACCACCCAUGGACUCGCUCGCACACGAUCACUAUAACGGGGACGUAGCCGACGAUGCCAGGUUUACAAAUACCGACGCCGGCUACCUCGUGCCGUCGCAUCACAAGGACUUGAAGCCUCGAAGCGCCAAGGAUGGCGGGAGUCCCGCCGACAGUUUGUUCGACCCGGAAACCGACGAGAGCAAAUGGAUUCACCGUGACAAGCUCGUCCAGAUUGAGAACGAGGAACUACAGGCUGCCGGAUUUGUCUUGCCGGGAGCAAGAGACAAUAGGGCACGGUCGAAGAGCGGGAACCGUCUGAAGAGGGAUCAAAGCCAAGAUAAGCUUAGCGGUCAGGCUAGAUCCAUUGGUGGCGGUGAGCACAUCGGUUCGAGGUCGAGAAAGAACUCGUCAGCCACGCAGGACUGGGACAAGCGAGCCGAUGAUGGUGCUGAGCACGCUGAUUCUAGUUAUUCCACGUCGAACCCCGGUGCUAAAGUAACAUCCCGGAUACCCGUGCCGAGAACCAAGGCCUACCCAACAACGCCCACUGACGAGAAGGUUGCUGCCUUCGCGCGGAAACGGGACAGCAGUCCUGAGGAGGACAAGGAGAAGAUCGCCAUUCCGAAAACUCGAGGUCGGAGCGGCAGUACAGGGAACGCCCUAACCAAGGCGGCCAAUGGACCCGAUGCCCGGCCUAUAGCGAAGCGGGCCGACACCUCUCCCAUCAAGAGCAAACCGGCUGCGGGAACCAAGAAGGUUUCCGGCAAGGCUGCUACUACCACAACUGUGCGACCGCGAACACGAGGUGCAUCCAACAAGGAGUCAACCGGUGCUCGCCCAACGACGCGUUCCGGUGACCGAGAGCUCUCGCCCACAACGCACAGGCCAAUGGAAGGUGAACCGCCCUGGAUGGUUUCGGCAUUUCGCCCCGACCCCCGUCUGCCGCCUGAGGAACAACUGCUACCAACAGUGGCCAAGCGGUUACAACAGGAGAAGUGGGAGCGGGAGGGCAAGGUUGGCAACGUCUACGACAAGGAGUUUAGGCCACUCACGGACGAAGGCUUCCUCGAGCCACCUGAGCAUCCUAUUGUUGCGCCCGAACAUGAACCGGUGGAGAUCAAGAACGAGGAUGCCAACGAGAACGAGAAAGAAACAGAGAAGGAAAACGAAAAGGAACAGCCGCAGGCAGAUUGGCCACUGAAACCCGCCGAGCCUCAGUGUCCUCAGAGUCCGCCUCCCCCGAGUCUUCACAGCCUUCAAAGCCCCCGGAGCCCGGCUCCCGUUGGACGUACCAACUCUUACUCGACGAUGCCCAAGAUCGCGGACAAGCCGGCUUUGACCAAGGUCCCCAGCCCGAAGAACCCCCCACAGCCUCCUCACGCGUCGCAGGUGAUCAGGCUACCGGAGCCUCCCGAGGAUCCGCCUGCGAAGAAGGAAAAAGGAGGAUGCGGAUGCUGUAUCGUGAUGUGA